AUGCAAGCCGAAACGAUCUUCGCCGAUGACUUCGAGCCACGGGCACCUGGCUCCAUGCCAGUGAUGCCAUACCCACCUCUACCUGCCUCGCCCACCCUCACGAACCCUGACAUGAUUUUACCCGAGUACGAACGAAGCUCCUCCCCCGAUCGGUCACAAUCUCCUCUUCACAUGUGGAAAGUGCCCCUCACGCUGGCCGAUAUGCACAUCCCCGGCCGCUUCCGCCUCGUCAAUCGUAACUUCGCCGAGACCGAUGUUGUUUUUCGCUCAUCCCCGACGAUGGGGGAGAGGGGUAUCGCCGAGACGACGGUAGCCAAACCACGCCGUAAAGCCACGACACGCGAACGAAGCGGUUCGAUCGAUUCCACGAGCACCGUGACGACCGCAGAGAGGCCCAACGUGUUUGGCGACUUUGACGAUGCUGUGAGCGUGGGCGAUAGCAGCUUUCAGGGCGACGACGAGGAGAGCGUAGCAGAAUCUUUUGCAGAUGACGCGUCUGUUCAAUCCGCCCGCUUACAGCCUUCUGGCAAUGGAAGUGGACUGAACGAAGAAAAUAGGUUUUCCACCAGUUCGAUUGGCCGACGUGCUGAACUCAUUCUAGCCAAUGCGAAACGGAGGCUCACGGUUAGUUACACCCUGUCCGGUCCUGGGCCAAAAUACACCGCAUUGCAACUCAUCGCGAAUUGGACAUUCCAGAAUGCCGAGCAGCCACUACAUGGCUCCAAGAGCCUCGACACCCUGAAGCUGAGCUUAAUUCGGUCACCCCGCGCCACGUCUCUUGUGCAGGGCGAGACUAAUCUAGAACCCCUCAGCGAAGAUGAAUCCGUGGGUGGGUCGGGUAGAAGGACGAGUGCCCAGCUCGAUGGUUUUCUCAGCCCGACUUUCGGCCCUAACCCUGACAGGCCUGCCUCUGCUGCACAGAUGCGAGAACUCAAGGAGCAGAUGCUUGGCCUAAAGGGCAAGAUCUCGAGUCUUCGUGAACAAGCUCGAGUUGAUAGUUUAAAGCGCCAGAGUUUACAGAGCCUCCGCACCCCCAGUCCCUUUACGCACGCACGCAUUGAGCAGUGGUAUUCGGAACCCCAGGGUCAGGACUCGGAGCAGCCUACCGAAGCCGAAAGUGAGCCCCAAACCGGUCGUGACCUCGUUGGCAAUGAGAGCGCCAGUGUGGAAGAACCUCUAGACGAGAAGGACGCCGGUUUUUCGGCUUCUGCCGUUGGAAUCCCCCAGUCAGUCGAGGAAGCUCCAGGCCCGGACCUUGGCGAAUCUCCGGCCUCGAGUACCAUCGAGGCCGCCGAAUUGAACGCGCCUACGGAUGCUGCUGGGACGAGUACCGGCGAAUAUGAUAUCGACGAUAUGUGCACCGAGGAUGGCAUUGACCCUAUCGAAGAUGCCGAAGAAGGCAAUCCUUCUCGCCGCCCCUUGAGUGGCUACACAAGCGAGAGCGGCGAAUCUCUUUACCAUGACGCACAGCAGACACCACUCUCCCAUGAGGACCGAGAAGACGCAUUUGAUUACGAGCACUUUUUCUUACACAGCGCAAUGGGUACCAUCAGUCAGCAACAGUUCCGGCGAAGGGGAAGCAUGAGUUCCGAGGGCUCGGUCGAAACUACGCGAGGGCCACUGAGCACCGCACCUGACGGAGAGAUUAAACCCCGCCACCAUGCUAGGAGGGGUAGCGGAGAUACCACGUCAACCACCGAUACCUUUGCGACCGCAGACGAAGAAAAGGAAAAUAUGAAGGCCGAAGCGGAAGCGGAAGAGGCAGUUGCACUGGAUGGCACUGUUGUAGCGGACAAUGCCGACCCUGAGCAGGAUAGCUCCGAAGGCUUGGGAUCGAUCAGCUACGAGGAGUACCUGAAUGGUCAAGGUGAAGAUGAACGGUGGCAUCUUGACUCCCAGGGCUCACCGGAUCAAGAGCUGAAGAACAUAUCGGAUACCCUUAUGAACGAGACGGCCAGCAUCUUUGACAAGGAUGGGGCUGACGGCGGGUGUAACUCGGGAAUUGACUCGCUGCGUCGCGAGGAUCAACUCCUCGUACAACGCUUGGUUGCGAGUCUCGGGCGCUGCGUUCUCGGUCUAAGCGAAUCCGGCCAGGCAUCUCCAGCCCACAGAACUAUGCGGAGGAAGCUUGACGAAGCCCGGCGCAUUCUGGAAGAUGCUGCCGCAAUGACGGCCGCGAAAAUGCUCCUCUUAGAUUACCAAAAUGCGCUCAUUCAGUCAAUCUUGACCGAGAGGUUUUCUGGGUUCGGAUUUCCGCCCCUCCUCGGGCAUAUCAUUACGAAGCUAACGAGUCAACCUGAUGUAGGGCCCCCAGCGACCAUUGAUCAGACAGUUUCCGACUUUGACGGCGUCCUUUUCCACAUCUCCACGCCCGAGACAAAGACGAAGAUCGUAUUAUCCAUACAGAUUAGAUGCUUCAAGGACCUUGUCAGGUAUGGAGCCGAGCAGGUGCUCAUGAGGGAGUACGGGCCAUACGUCAUCGCACCAGAGCCAGGGUUCGACUUUUCGGUCAUGGUCGACCUCGAGAGCCUCCCGGAGGAAAAGGAGGCUCGAGACGAGCUCAUCAUGAAGAUGGCCCUGCUGAAGCGCAACGCGAUGGCCGCGCCUUUCGAACAGGCGUACCAAGAGCACUACCAACUGCGGGAGGAGGCUUCCAAGUACACGUCGGAGGAGGCGCCCCAGGGCGUCCGAGAGGGCGGGGAGGUCAUGGUGAUCCAGUACCGCGAAGAGGAGGCCAUAUACGUCAAGGCUAGCCACGACAGGGUGACGGUAAUCUUCAGCACCGUCUUCCGCGAGGAAACGGAUCGCGUAUUUGGAAAGGUGUUCAUCCAGGAAUUUGUGGAUGCGCGAAGGAGAGCGAUCCAGAACGCCCCGCAGGUGCUGUUCCGGAACGACCCUCCCCUGGAGCUGCAGGGUGUCCCUGGCGUGGUAAACUCGGGCACUGGGGAGAUCGGCUACGUGACCUUUGGUAGUUCUAUUCCCCGCCAUCUCACGGUGCAGCGCAUGCCCGAGGUCAUUUCACACAUACAGACCUUCCGCGACUACUUCCACUAUCACAUCAAGGCCUCCAAGGCCUACAUCCACUCCCGUAUGAGGAAGCGAACGGCCGAUUUCCUCCAAGUACUACGAAGAGCCAGACCGGACAACGAGGAAAAGGAGAGGAAGACUGCCAGCGGACGGACUUUCAAGGUUCAAGUCUGA